AUCGAGCCGUUCAUUAGGCAAAUGGGCACAGAACCAUGAAGUUGCCGUUGCUAAUUUUUCUGGGAGUCCUUGGAGGAUUCUUCCCCGCCCAUGCCAUUCGAAUCAAGGGGAACUCUACAGACAAAGGAUUCUUCAAGGAUCAGCGAAUUAUUGGCGGGGAAGAUGCCGCCGUCGGAUUUGCUCCGUACCAAGCGUCCUUGCAAGGAAUUUCGGGUGCCCAUAGUUGCGGAGGAGCCAUCAUCUCUCAAGAAUGGGUCCUCACAGCCGCCCAUUGUGUGGUCAGUGCCGAUAUAAGAAUGUUGGUGGUGGUCACUGGAACCAAUAAGUACACCCAGCCUGGAGGCAGAUACUUCAUCCAGUCCAUUCACAUCCACUGCAACUACGACACACCCGAUAUGCACAACGACAUCGCCCUGUUGCACUUGCAGGAGCCGAUCGAGUGGAACGAACUAACCCAGCCAAUUCCCUUGCCAGAGGUGCCCAUGGCGCCAGGUGAUGAAGUAAUCCUCACCGGCUGGGGAUCCACUGUGCUUUGGGGAAUAGCUCCCAUUGACCUGCAGGUCGUGUACCUCAAAUAUGUCCCUCAUCUGGAGUGCAAGGGCUUGCUGAGCAACGAUCCCGACCUGGACGUGGGUCACAUUUGCACAUUUUCACGACAGGGCGAAGGUUCGUGUCACGGAGAUUCCGGAGGACCAUUGAUCAGUAACGGAUACCUGGUGGGUUUGGUCAACUGGGGCUGGCCCUGCGCCACGGGAGUGCCAGAUGUCCAUGCCAGUGUCUACUUCUAUCGGGACUGGAUACGCAGUGUCAUAGGUGGUAACACCAAAUGCGGUGGUUAUAGCACCAACGAAUGGCCAUAAACCCAGUCCAUAUUUUAUAAGGCCACCCAGAUAAACUAGCCCUCGAUAAGACCCAGUUUAAGCCAAUAAAGUUUUGAUACCUUUCAA